GAUAUUUCAAAUUUUAUAUGUCAGACAACUGCGUAAAUCGUUGAUCAAUACAGUAAAAAAAAAAAAAAAACACUAAGAAGGAAGAGAAAGAAACAACCGUAGAAAUGGCGGAGAAAUUGGCGCCGGAAAAACGUCAUAGUUUCGUUCACAACGGUCAAACGGUAUUUGAAUGGGAUCAAACACUGGACGAAGUAAAUAUGUACAUAAAUUUACCACCAAAUGUUCAUUCUAAGCAAUUUUACUGCAAAAUUCAGUCUAACCAUGUUGAAAUCGGCAUCAAAGGCAACCCUCCUUAUCUCAAUCAUGACCUCACCUGUCCUGUGAAGACGGAUUCUUCUUUCUGGACCUUGGAGGAUGAUGUAAUGCAUAUAACACUGACAAAAAGGGACAAGGGUCAGACAUGGACUUCUCCUAUAUUGGGUGAGGGUCAGCUGGAUCCUUACACCUCUGAUAUUGAGCAGAAGCGGCUCAUGCUUCAGCGGUUUCAAGAAGAGAACCCUGGCUUUGACUUCUCGCAAGCACAGUUUACUGGUAGCUGCCCUGACCCAAGGACCUUUAUGGGUGGGAUUCGCUCUGAGUGACAAUCUCGGUAUGCUGCAUUGGCUAUUUGCAUUGAUCCUGUUAUAAAUCCUGACCAUCUUUCCGUAAAUAAAUCAAUCUUGUGUCCAUCAGUGUUUAUGCAGUCUCUGUAACAACUUAUUGACCACAUAUAAUGUUUGUGGUCACUUGUGCACUAAUUAUUGUCCCGUUUAUUCCAACACAGAACUAAUUAUCAGAAAUGCCUCUCAUCAUCUUAGUGUUUGUAGCCUUAUGUUCCUUUCCCCAGCAGGGCUGGACACUGUUUCUAGAUUUGAAACAUAGAUUUAUGAAAACAAUUUUUUAGUCUA